ACAAGUAGAAAUAUCAGUGAGUUUAUACCAGCUAUUUGAAGUGCUGUACGACGGUCGUGUUCACAGUCGAGGUUGGAAUGGUUGGAGAGACUCGGUGACAUUUGUGCUCCUCAGGAGCAGGCCAAUAUGGAGCUAACUAUUGGUCCGUCGUCGUCAGGUGAGAGCUCACGCUCGCAAUCACCUGCCUCCUCAGGCUUUGGAGAUGAUGGCUGGAAUGGAAGGAUAAUCGAGAAAAUAAAUGGUCGCAUCAAAUCCAAAGCUCCAUUCUUUUCUCUAGAGUUCUUUCCGCCCCGUACACCAGCUGGAGCAUCAAAUUUGGUGGCUCGAUUCGACCGUAUUCGCAAUGGACAGCCCUUGUUCAUUGAUGUUACGUGGCAUCCGGCUGGUAAACCAGCGUCAGACGAGCCAACCAGCUCUCUGAUGAUUGCUCAUGCUGCGACUAAUUAUAGUGGACUGGAUACAAUGUUGCACAUUACGUUAGCGUACCAUCAGUCCAAGGAGGAGGUCAUCAGAAAUCUCACCAAGGCUAAGAACCAGGGUAUCAAGAAUAUUUUGGCGUUACGCGGAGACCUGCCAGUCGACGGAUCUUGGAAACCGUUUGACCCAGAUCUGGGCUAUUCUGGCGACUUGGUAAAGCUGAUCCGCCAGGAGUUCGGCGACUAUUUUGGCAUCUGCGUUGCUGGCUAUCCACGUGGACAUCCCGACUGCACAAACUACGAGGAUGAUCUUCAGCAUCUGAAGGGCAAGAUUGACGCCGGUGCUGAUUUUAUCAUCACUCAGCUCUUCUUCUCAGCCGAGGUGUUCCUAGAGUUUGUCAGGGACUGCCGCAAGAUUGGAAUUAAGUGUCCAAUCCUUCCUGGUAUAUUUCCCAUUCAGGCAUACAACUCCCUGAGGCAGCUGACCAAGCUCUCCAAGCUGAACAUUCCCGACGAGAUUCUUGGCGCCAUUGAACCGAUCAAGGACAACGACGAGGCCAUUCGCAGCUAUGGUGUGCACCAAUGUGUCACCAUGUGUAAAACACUUCUGGAAAGUGGAGAGGUUCCUGGUCUUCAUAUCUACACCCUCAACCGUGAGGUUGCCUGCACCGAGAUUCUCACACAGCUUGGUCUUUGGUGUGGUGCUGGCACAGUGCAGCGUAUCCUGCCCUGGAAGCAGACCGCCAACCACCAGCGCCGCACCAUCGAGGACGUGCGGCCAAUCUUCUGGGCGUCGCGGCCCAACUCCUACAUCCACCGCACCCAGGACUGGGGAGAGUUCCCCAAUGGCCGAUGGGGCAACUCAUCCAGUCCUGCUUUCGGCGAUGCAUCUCACUACCUCUUCUACCUGCAAAGCAAAAUGAAGACAGAGAAGUGGAUCGACAUGUUGACUCCGGAGCUGCACUCCGAGCAGGAUGUGUUUGAUAUCUUCGUUGCGUACAUCACUGGCAAGCCGAACAGGCUCGGUCAUAAGGUGUCUCAGCUACCCUGGAACGAUGAAGAACUGGCACCGGAGACCAACCUACUGACAGAGCGCCUCGCCAAGAUCAACGGCAGUGGCUUGCUGACGAUCAACUCUCAGCCGAGCAUCAACGGACGCUCCAGCUCUGACCCCAUCGUUGGCUGGGGAAAGCCAGGCGGUUAUGUCUACCAGAAGGCCUACUUAGAGUUCUUCAUCAGUGCGGACCGUAUCGAGAAGUUGAAAUCUGUGCUGGCCGACCACCCAUGGGUGAACUAUCACAUUGUCAACCAGUCUGGAACGGAGAGCUUCACCAACACCAGCCAUAAUCCCAUCGCCGUCACGUGGGGAGUCUUCCCAGGCUGUGAGAUCAUCCAACCGACUGUUGUCGAUCCGGUUAGCUUCGGCAUCUGGAAGGAUGAAGCAUUUGAACUUUGGAUUGAGCGAUGGGGCAAGUUCUAUGAGCAGGACAGUCCUUCCUGGAACGUUAUCAAGUCCAUUCACGACAAGUUCUACUUAGUGAACUUGGUUGACAAUGACUAUGUAAAGGGCAAUGUGCUCUUUGACUUGCUUUUGACCCUAGUUUAGAGUUUCUCCUGGAGAGUAACGUUAUAGUUAUAGGCUGUGAUUGAAUUCUCUCCUGGGCACUGUUGGUGCCUCCCGUGCGGGGCCGAUACAUCUGCUCCUACCCUCAAGUCCUGUACAUACACCUUCUAACCCCCCCCCCCCCCUCCCUCUCCCACGCACAUCACUACGCCCAUAUCCACCUCUUUUUUUUCUUUUCUUUUUUCCUUUGGCUAGUGCUCUGCCACUUUUCUGCCCAUCCUGUUCCUUUCCCCUUAAGAUGUUAUUUAUUUUCCAUACUUUCUAGGGACAAGACAAGCUCGUCUUUCUCUCUUGACGCUAAUGCUGAUUGCGCCUCUGCUCGUCCCCUCGUUGUUCUGCGUUUCAUGGACUAUGUCUUGUUGUUUUUUUCUGUUUCUCGUCUUGGAAUGUUUCUUUUCUGAUUUUUGUUUGACCUUCCCUUUGGCUUUGGUCUGAAUGUCUCUCAUCUUGGAAUGUUGUUUCUUUUCCGAUUUGUCUGACCUUCCCUUUGGUCUGAAAAUGGUCUAUGCUCGAA